AUGGACAGCCAGUACCGGCUUGAGCUCUCCGUCGCGAUCGGGGCCGUGCAGGCCGCUGCGCAGAUCGCGCGCACAGUCCAAGCAGCGCACCUUUCCUCCUCCUCACAGCAACAGACGGGAAGCAGCAGCAAUGACACGCACAUCAAGGAGGACCUGAGCCCGGUGACGGUAGCCGAUUUCGCGAUCCAGGCGGUGCUGACAGCAAAGUUGCGUGCGGCGUUCGCCAGCGACGGCGUCGUGGGCGAGGAGUCGGCUGCGGCGCUGCGUGGCCAUAGCAACGGGGCGGCGCUGCUUGCGGUGGUCGUGGACGUGAUUGCGCGGUGCACAGCAGACAGUGAUGUGACUCUCAGCGGCGAGGCCGUGUGCGAGCUGAUUGACUGCGGCGUGGCCGACUCUGACACGGUCCCUGGGGGAGCGGACGCGGGGCGCGUGUGGGUGUUUGACCCGAUCGACGGGACGCGGGCGUUUCUGCGGGGCGAGCAGUACGCGAUCAACGUGGCGCUGGUGGAGGGCGGGCGGCAGGUUCUCAGCGUGGUCGGGUGCCCGUUGCUGAGUGCCGACUUGGCAGCGCCGGCGACGGUGGCGGACGGCCAUGUCGACGCGAGCGGCCGGGGCUGUCUGCUGUUUGCGGUGCGGGGAUUCGGCGCGUAUGCGCGGCCGCUUAUCUGUGGACAAGGACAAGAAGAAAAAGAAACCCGGCAGCUUGCGCGCCAUGCCGACGGCGUCUCUGUGGACGGGCUGCGCUCGGUGACGUGCUGGAAGCACCUCGACUCUGGCGUCGACGAGGCGCACGAGGCCGUCGCGCAGCGCCUUGGCCUGGCGUUCCCCGGCUGCGAUCUGCUCGGCUGGGUGCCGAGGUGGGCUGUGCUGGCGCUCGGCCUGGCUAAUGUUACUGUUUGGGUCUACAAGACAAGGUCGCGACACGGAAAGAUAUGGGACCACGCCGGUGCCAUGCUGUUGUUCGAAGAGGUCGGCGGCCUCAUCACAGACGUCGACGGCAGAGAUAUUGACCUGACCAAGGGGAGAAAGCUCACAGCAAAUUUUGGCUUUGUCGCAGCCCCGAGGAGUGUGCAUCACAUUGUGCUCAAAGCCGUGCGCGACACGCUGAGGGCCCAGGGUAAACAAAAGUUGCUGCAGCAAUAG